AUGUACUACGUAUGGAUUUUAAAAUUAUUUGCAACGAUGAGAGCGAACGUGGGCAAGUUGCUCAAGGGUAUCGACAGGUACAAUCCUGAGAACCUGGCCACGCUGGAGCGCUAUGUGGAGACGCAGGCCAAGGAGAACGCCUAUGACCUGGAAGCCAACCUGGCCGUCCUGAAACUGUACCAGUUCAACCCAGCCUUCUUUCAGACCACGGUCACAGCCCAGAUCCUGCUGAAGGCCCUCACCAACCUGCCCCACACGGACUUCACGCUGUGCAAGUGCAUGAUCGACCAGGCUCACCAAGAAGAGCGGCCGAUCCGGCAGAUUCUGUACCUCGGAGACCUGCUGGAGACCUGUCAUUUCCAGGCCUUCUGGCAAGCCCUGGAUGAGAACAUGGACCUCCUGGAAGGCAUCACCGGCUUUGAAGACUCCGUCCGCAAAUUUAUCUGCCACGUUGUGGGCAUCACUUACCAGCACAUCGACCGCUGGCUGCUGGCCGAGAUGCUCGGGGACCUGACAGACAGCCAACUGAAGAUGUGGAUGAGUGAGUACGGCUGGAGCGCUGACGAGUCGGGCCAGAUCUUCAUCUGCAGCCAGGAGGAGAGCAUCAAGCCCAAGAACAUCGUGGAGAAGAUCGACUUUGACAGUGUGUCCAGCAUCAUGGCCUCCUCCCAGUGACCGCCAGGACGAAUAAAGAGCUGCUGAUCGA